AUGAGUGAAUGUUAUGAGAUCACUGUAGGUGCAACAUCAGUCGUAUUCCGAUGUAGGCAGAAGGGUACACAGAAGCCUUAUGCUGUGAAAAUUCUGAAAAAAAAUGUAGACAAGAAAAUUGUACGAACGGAAAUUGGAGUUCUUCUAAGGCUUUCACACCCAAAUAUUAUAAAGCUGAAAGAGAUUUUUGAAACACCAGUGGAAAUAAGCCUUGUUCUGGAAUUGGUCACAGGAGGAGAGCUGUUUGACAGGAUUGUGGAAAAAGGAUAUUACAGUGAGCGUGAUGCAGCUGAUGCCGUUAAGCAAAUCCUGGAAGCUGUAGCUUACCUUCACGAACAUGGGGUUGUUCAUCGUGAUCUAAAGCCUGAGAAUCUACUUUAUGCUACUCCUGCCCCAGAUGCACCGUUGAAGAUUGCUGAUUUUGGCCUGUCUAAAAUUGUGGAUGACCAAGCAAUGAAGACAGUAUGUGGGACUCCAGGAUAUUGCGCUCCAGAAAUACUACGAGGAUGCGCAUAUGGGCCAGAAGUGGAUAUGUGGUCUGUGGGAGUUAUAACCUACAUCCUCCUGUGUGGAUUUGAGCCUUUCUUUGAUGAAAGAGGAGACCAGUACAUGUUUAAGAGGAUUCUGAACUGCGACUAUGACUUUGUGUCACCGUGGUGGGAUGAUGUGUCACUUAACGCUAAGGAUCUGGUAAAAAAACUGAUUGUACUUGAUCCUAAAAAACGUCUGACAACCCAACAAGCUCUGCAGCACCCUUGGGUCACAGGGAAGGCAGCAAACUUCGCACAUAUGGAUACUGCACAAAAGAAACUUCAAGAGUUCAAUGCUCGCCGUAAACUUAAGGCGGCGGUAAAAGCUGUAGUAGCAUCAACUCGCCUAGGGAGUGCAGGAAGUCAUGGCAGCCAUGACAGUGGCAAAGACAAUCAUAACAACUUACCAGUACAAGGCACUGGAAAUGAAGAAAGAGACAAUGAGAAACUCAAACAAAACCUUGAAGAGGAGUCCUAAACCGUGCGCCACACUUCUUGCAUGAGGCAUUUAGUUGUUCGUGCACCAGCUACAUGUUGCCCAGUGAGAGAGGUUUGUUAGCAUGGCUUGCAAUACGGGGGACACACAAAACAAAAUGUCCUGGUGACUGGUGACUACCAAUUAAAUGAGCUUUUAUUGCAUGUGACUGCUUACAAAAUAGUGUGAUUGCCUUCAAGGCAUGUACGAGCACAACGUUACUGUGAUCCACACUGAUCGAACAAGAUUAACAAGAAUACAUUCCAUUCGCCACUGUAUCAUAAAUCAUUAGGGCAUUCUAUGUUAGCAGGGUGUCACUGCAUACAAUGUUGAAAAUGAAGGGUGUAGAUGUGAUUUGAAGCUUACAGCAAUACUUGUACAUUUGUUUAUAUGAUAAAUGACUUAGACCGUUGGUGUCAUUUUUACUGUUGAUGUACUUACAUGAGAAGAGUUAAUAGAGUUCCAGGGGCACCAGUGAUGUUGUUAUUAAAAAUGUACUGUUUGUGCACUUUCUUCAGUCAUAAUUGCGUUUACUAAGGGACUGUAUACUAAAUUGUAUAUGCAAAACAUUCCAUUAAGGAAAACAAAUGGAGUAGUUGUAAUGGAAUAGAAAGUGUUGCUUAAAACAGGCAUACACAGUGUGUCCUCUGAACUUUUGAGAAUGCCUUAUUAUAUCUUGAGCAGUUUUACAUUUUAUUAAUAACCAAAAAAUAUUUCAUAUAGUAUGAUCAUUCAAAUUAAAUUAUGUAGAGAUACGAGCAAAAAAGUAAAACUGUGCACAAAAAUACAAGAGAAACUUUCCUGUAAUUAUGCUGUUAUGCUGUAUUUCUAAUUUUUAACUGAACUUUUGCUUACAUAGGGGAUGAGAGAUUCUACAGAAUGAAAGCUUGUUCAAAAGUGGCAAUACCUGUCAAAUGAAACUUUUCUGUACUUUGAGACUGAAUUUGUUUGCCACAUGAUUAUGUGAUGGAAAGGCAUUAACUGAUUUCUGAUUUCUCUAUGUAUUCCUGAAAUGGGAGAGAAUAGUAAUUUGGAAGUUCUUUAUUCUGGCUAGACAAGUUGAAAAGACUAUACAGAGCUGAAGCAUGCUUAGUUGUAGAAUGCUUUCUGUAGGUGUAGCGAGUUGUUAUGUCAGGUCGUGGUAAAAUAAAACCAAUUUAUAAGAGCAUGAUA